AUGAAGCAGCUGAUUCGGCGCCUGUCGAGGGUGGGGGACUCGUCGCAGCAGGAGGAGAGGCUGCUGAGGGGGAUGUCGCCGGGGAAGGGGCGGCGGCGGGAGUCGGCGGAGGUGCCGGAGGGGCACCUGCCGGUGUACGUGGGGGAGGAGAUGGAGAGGUUCGUAGUGAGAGCGGAUCUGCUGAGCCGGCCGGUGUUCGUGGAGCUCCUGCGGAGAUCGGCGGAGGAGUACGGCUACGAGCAGCGCGGGGUCCUCCGGAUCCCCUGCUCCGCCGCCGUCUUCCAGCGCGUCCUCGAUCUGCUCCUCGCCGGCGCGCAGCCGUCCUCCGACGGCCUCAACGGAGAUCUGGACCGAUCCUUUUGGGGAGCCGCAGCCUUCCCUCGCUCCUGA